AUGUCGUUGCUCCAGAAGGUAUACAGACGACUCUCGGAAAGAGGAGCCAUCACGAAGUUGCUACAGCAAUUGCCUCGGGUAUCGAACCUUUUGGUGGUGGUUGCGAUAGUACUGCUGGCCAUACUUCCGCUGGAUGGGCAAUACAGAAGAACAUACAUAUCUGAGAAUGCAUUGAUGCCGUCUCAGGCCUACAGUUAUUUCAGGGAAACAGAGUGGAAUAUACUAAGAGGCUACAGAAGUCAGAUAGAAACGCUGGAGCAUAGUAGUGUCGAUCAGCGUAAUGAAGUAGUUGCUGAAUGGCUACAAGAACAGGGGUUAAAGACUGCGCUAUAUGAACAUGAAAAAUGGGGGAAGACACUGUACGGUGUUCUGCACGCCUCUAGAGGUGAUGGUACAGAGGCUAUGGUCCUUGCCAUUCCAUGGAAAAAUGUUGAUGACCAAUUUAAUCUUGGAGGUGCCGCGUUAGGUGUAUCACUAUCUCAAUUCUUUAAACGUUGGCCCGUUUGGUCCAAAAACAUUAUUGUGGUAUUCAGUGAGGACUCAGGAGCGGCUUUAAGGGCAUGGGUUGAUGCUUAUCAUACCUCGCUAGAUUUGACAGCUGGUUCAAUAGAAGCUGCAGUAGUUUUAGACUAUCCAAGCAAGAGUGACUUCUUUGAAUACGUAGAGAUUUCAUAUGACGGUCUAAAUGGUGAACUACCUAAUCUCGAUUUGGUAAACAUAGCUGUAUCUAUUACUGAGCAUGAGGGUAUGAAGGUCUCUUUACAUGGAUUACCACCAAAUGAAAUGUAUAAUACCGAUUAUUUUGCAAGAUUAAAAAUAAUGUUUGUGGGAAUUAAGAAUUGGGCCCUUUCUGGUGUUAAACGCAUACAUGGUAACGAAGCGUUCAGUGGAUGGAGAAUACAGUCAGUUACUCUAAGAGCCCAUGGCAAUGAAGGCCAAUUAGAUAUUACUUGUUUUGGCAGAAUUCCUGAAGCAAUGUUUAGGUCAGUGAAUAACUUGUUGGAAAAAUUCCAUCAAUCUUAUUUCUUCUAUCUGUUGUUAGCUCCUAGAAACUUCGUUUCAAUCAGUAAUUACCUUCCAAGUGCGGUUAUUAUAUCAGUCGCAUUUGCAGUUAUCUCGUUAGAUAGUGCGAUUAACAAUGAUUACUUAUCAAUUCCUUUUUCAUCUGUUAAUACUUUGGUACCUUUCAUUAUUUUGUCGGCGUCAGUUUUUGUUUCCUUUUUGAUUUCUAGAGUUUUGAUUAUGUUGCCCAUUGUAGAAUCACUAUUAUUCGGUAGCGUUGCCUUAACUUUUUUACCACUGGUCAUGUCAAAGAAAAAUAUACACGUUAUAAACCAAGCAGUUGCAUAUCGCCUGAAGAGUAUUGGAAGCAUAUACUACAGUUUGAUACUUACAUCCCUAUUGAUGGUGAAUUUUGCACUUACCUUUAUGAUAGGUCUCUUAGCAUUCCCAUUAACAAAACUAGCUGUCAUUAGCACAAAGACAAUUGCAGACGAGUCAAGGAAAUCUAUUUUGAAGAAUACAUUUAUUCUAUUCAUAACAAACCCAUUCAUUUCACUCUGGUUGUUCACUGCCACUAUGGAUACUGACUUCAAUGGAAGUUUUUCGGUUAUAUAUAACAGGAUGAUCACUAGUUGGGACACCCUUGGCUGCUGGACGUGGUUCAUCAUCUGUCUUGGAUGGCUGCCAUACUGGUUGAUUUCGGUGAUUUCCUCUAUUCCAUCCCAACCAAUAGUCGAAAGGACGUCAAUUCUAGAUGAUAAAAAGGAAAACUAG